AUGUAAAACAAUAAAAUCAUUUAUUCAAAAACAUAAGAGAAAAGAUCAUUUUUGUCUAGUUUAUGUUCUUGUUUUGAUUGCUUCAAAAAGAAUCCUCAGCAAAUGAAUUAAUAUCAUCCAGAAAUAGAUACUCCUAAAUCUUCAUUUAUUGGAUAAAGAAAAAUAAUUGUUUUGGACUUGGAUGAAACAUUAGUGCAUAGUUAAUUUGAAUAUUUUGAUUCAUUUGACUUUACAAUUAAUAUUGCUGUAUAAUCAUAAAAUUUCAAGGUAUAUGUGAUUGUUCGUCCUGGAGUUAAGAAAUUUAUAGAAUAACUUAAUCAUUUCUAUGAUAUCAUUUUUUGGACUGCAAGUAUAAAAGAAUAUGCCAUGGCAGUAAUUGAUUAUAUUGAUCCAGAUGGAAAAGCAGUAGAGAGAUUGUUCAGAGAUAGUUGUACACCUUUAAAAAAUAGUUUCACAAAAGAUUUAACUAAGUUGGGGAGAGAUCUCAAGGAUGUAAUAAUAGUUGAUAAUUCAGUAUUUUCGUUUAUUAUGAAUCCUGAGAAUGGAUUAAAGAUUAAUGAUUUUUUUUAUGAUAAAUACGAUAAGGAACUAGAAUCCAUAUUGCCAUUUUUGAUUUGGAUAUCUUAAUUGUCUGAUUUAAGACCAAUUUAGAAUCGAUAUAAAGAGUUUCUGAAUCGAAAGAAAUUGGAGAAAAAGAAUGAUGAAUAACAAAUUAUAUAUGGAUUAUCGAAAACUGUUUCUAUUCAGAGGAAGAAAAUAAAUCAGAAGAGUUUCAUAAAGACUUUAACUGAACAUAUAGCAAAUAGGGGGAAAGUUGGUAAGGAUGAUACGAACGAGAGCGAGAAGGAAACCUUUGAAAUAAUUAAUUCAUACUGA